GUAGUCCCCCGAUUUGCGUGGUACUUCCAUGUUGCAAUGAGGUUUGAACCUCGCUGGGUAGUAGAGAAGUCCAGUAGUAGCUUUACAGUUAUGUACUUUGGUAAUGUGUUGUCAACAGAAGCACGUGUGUCGCUUUGUUUUGCCAUGUGGAGAUGGGUGCGGGAUGACACUCGUGACGCAACUUGUGUCGGCAGGAUAAUUUCACAAGUUUGAGAAAUAAGUUAGCUUGUGACAGUAUCAUUGCAGACCGAUUUGUAAUAUUGUUAAGUGUAAUUUGUAAACUUUUUUAAAUACAAAUGGAGCCAAAAAGUGAGACACGUAUGAUUUUAACCAGAUUUAAGUCUGAAACCGGAGAGGUUCUGGGAAAUCUGUUGGACCUUCCAAUAGAUAUAACAGUAGAUAAAUUGCAACUGAUCUGCAACGCUCUUCUGAAGCAAGAUGAACAUACUCCAUACAUUUUCUUUGUUAAUGAAAAGGAAGUUAAAACAUCAUUACAGGAUACAUUGAGUGAUGAUGAUCAGAUUACAGAGAAUGUGGUAGACAUAGUCUAUCAACAGCAAGCAAUUUUCAGAGUUCGGGCUGUUACACGAUGCACAAGUUCAUUACCAGGACAUGCAGAAGCAGUGAUAUCAGCCAGCUUCAGUCCAGAUGGAAAGCACUUAGCAAGUGGUUCAGGAGACACAACAGUUCGUUUUUGGGAUAUUCAUACUCAGACACCUCAUUAUACAUGUAAAGGACACAAAAACUGGGUUCUUUGCAUUGCGUGGUCUCCAGAUGGUCUACGUCUGGCCUCAGCAUGUAAAAAUGGGCACAUCUGUUUGUGGGAUCCACAGACAGGAAAGCAGGUUGGCCGAAAUUUAAUUGGACAUAAGCAGUGGGUCACAGCACUUAGUUGGGAACCAUACCACAGAAACAGUGAGUGUCGUCACUUAGCAAGCAGUUCAAAAGAUGGUGACAUCAGAAUAUGGGAUGUUGUGUUGGGGCUUGUGGUCCUCACGCUUUCUAGUCAUCAAAAAUCUGUUACAGCAUUAAGAUGGGGAGGAACAGGGCUAAUUUUCAGUGCUUCACAGGAUCGUACAAUAAAAGUCUGGAGAGCUACAGAUGGUGUUCUGUGUCGUACUCUUGAAGGUCACGCUCAUUGGGUCAAUACAUUAGCUCUGAGCACAGAUUAUGUGUUGCGCACAGGACCUUUUGAUCCAGUGAACAAUACGUCUGUGACUUAUAACAAAACUGAAAUGCAACAACAGGCGCUGCAGAAGUAUGAAUCUGUUAUCUCAAAUGGAGGAGAACGUUUGGUAUCUGGUUCAGAUGACUUCACUCUUUUCUUGUGGCAGCCAGAAAGUAACAAGAAGCCAGUUGCUCGGAUGACAGGACAUCAGCAACUUAUUAAUGAUGUGAAGUUUUCACCAGAUGCAAGGAUAAUUGCUUCUGCUUCUUUUGACAAAUCAAUAAAGUUGUGGGAUGGGCUCACCGGAAAAUAUCUGACAUCUCUGAGAGGACAUGUGCAGGCAGUUUAUCAGGUGGCGUGGGCAGCAGAUUCGAGGCUGUUGGUCAGUGGAAGUGCUGACUCUACUCUGAAAGUCUGGAACUUAAAGUCGGGCAAACUCCAGAUUGAUUUACCAGGGCACGCGGAUGAGGUGUUUGCUGUUGAUUGGUCUCCAGAUGGUUUAAGAGUAGUCAGUGGAGGCAAGGAUAAAAUUCUGAAACUGUGGCAGCAUUGACUGUUUAAAUGGGCCAGCAUCCUGGGAAUGUUUAACAUUGUUCACCAUCAUAGCUAUUAUAAAAAAGGAAAAGAGCUAAUGUUCUCUUCAGACUAUUAGCAAAAGUUACCAAAUAUGGAUGCAUCCUGAGAGAUUGUUAGUGCAGAUUAUCUUAAAAUUGUGAACUUGUUUUAAUGCCAAUUUCGAACCUUAAUACCCAUCAGAUGCAAAUCCAGGGCUCAUCUUACAGUAAUUAACUAGAACACACAACAACCAACUCAUUAUUAUGUGUUUGACACAAAGGAUUGGUGCAGUUUAGUGUCAUUUAUUGCAAUAGUCUGUAGUGUAAGUGGAUUUUGAGAGCUUCAGGUUUUUGCUCUCUUAGCUUUGGUAGGGAAAAACCGGACAAAUAGAGGAGCCACUAAGUCAAAAAAAAAUUGUGGCCAUGUCACUAAACUGUUCAGAAAUUCCAAGUUCCAAGGGAAAAAUCUACCAUUACCCUGCUGUGAAGUUACAGUAGAGUUAACGAGGGCAGAACCAUGCCACUGCAAGAUAUAACUUCUAAACCAAAUGUUACACUAAAGAUAAGAAUGAUACUUUCAAACAUGAGGAAAAAAUGGGCAGAAGCAGUACAAAAAUUGCUUAGAUUUGAAAUUCCAACUACUGUGAAUCUUCUCCAAGUUACUGUGUGGUUUGUACAGGGUACCAUAAUCAGUCACAUGUUGACUGGGUGAGAAAUUGUGAAAAUGUGUGCUGAAGGGAAAAUUAUAAAUUUUGAUAUUUUUUAAA